AUGAAAACUUCAUCAUUGUGGGGAGUUUUUGUAUUCUUGGCGUUCUCUGCACUGAUCAUCCCAUCCUAUUCUCAGGAUCAACCCUCUGAUCAUGAUCAUGAUGAACAGCUAAAGACUUUCAUAGUGUUUGUUUCUAAAUCGGACAAGCCUUCGGUUUUUAGCUCUCAUCUCCAUUGGUAUAGUGCAACUCUCCAAUCUCUCCCACCUUCACCAAUAUCGUCAUCAUCUUCAGAUCAUCAUGACGGAUCUCCUUCUCGAGAAGUCAUGUACAGUUACGACCACGUAGCUCAUGGUUUCGCAGCAAGACUAACACCUUCUCAAGCUUCUCAUCUCGAAAACUUACCAGGCAUACUCUCCGUCAUCCCUGAUAGUUUUGUCGAACCACAUACCACUCACUCUCCCCAGUUCCUAGGGUUGAAUUACGGUUAUGGUCUUUGGCCUAAUUCAAGUUACGGUGAAGACGUCAUUAUCGGUGUUUUCGACGGUGGUAUAUGGCCGGAACAUCAAAGUUUUAAUGACUUUGGUUUAACUCCUGUACCAAAACGAUGGAAAGGUACUUGCCAGACGGGGCCUGACUUCCCUCCAUGUAACAGGAAGUUAAUCGGUGCUCAAGCUUUUUACAAAGGAAUUGAAGCACAUCUCGGUCAUAGAUUUGAUGCGGACGGUAGUAAAGAUUCAAGAUCUCCGAGGGAUACUAGCGGACAUGGUACACAUUGUGCAGCUACUGCAGCUGGAUCUCCAGUCAUGAACGCCGGGUUUCAUAACGAUUCAGUUGGAGAAGCCAAAGGAGUUGCAACUAAAGCUAGAAUUGCUGCUUACAAGGUCAUGUGGAAGGGUGGAGCUGUUACUUCUGAUUCUCUAGCUGGUUAUGAGCAAGUUGUAAAAGAUGGAGUUGAUGUGAUGUCUAUAUCAUUAGGUCAUGGCUAUGGUACUCCAUAUCACCGAAGUCCAAUAGCCAUUGGAACUUUUGGUGCAACGGAGAAGGGAAUUGUGGUUUCUCUUGCUGCUGGAAAUAAUGGAGCUAAAGGUCCGAAAACAGUUGGUAAUUCCGCACCGUGGAUGUUGACUGUCGGAGGAUCAACUAUUGACAGGGAGUCUCGUGCGGAUGUGAUUUUAGGCGAUGGUCAAGUGAUCCCAGGAUCCUUAAGUCCUACUCAAGUUGCUGGAAAAAUUGUAGUUUGUAAUGCUGAUCUUAAGAAUCCUGCAGUGAAAAAAGCGAGCGUCGCCAAAGCAGCUAGGGGUGUUGGAAUGAUUCAUGUCCAAACGAUCGACCAGUUCGAAGCAUUGGGGGCGAGAAACUAUCCGAUUCCAGCAACUGCAGUCACCAAAAGUUCUGGCUUGAAGAUUAUUACAUACAUUACCAGUAACAGGAAAGAUGAUAAAAAACCAACACCUAAAAUCGAUUUCCGAGGAACUGUUACUGGGUCUUCUUUUUUGUCGCCCGCUCCUAAAGUUGCCACCUUUUCAAGCACAGGUCCGAAUCCGCUAAUCCCAGAGAUUCUCAAACCAGAUGUUAUUGCACCUGGGGUAAAUAUCUUGGCUGCUCGGUCCGGUUCUGAUGCUGAAUUUGUUAUGAAAAGUGGUACUUCCAUGGCAUGCCCUCAUGUGAGAGGAUUGGCUGCACUACUUCGAAAUGCAUUUCCUAAGUGGUCUCCUGCUGCCAUCAAAUUGGCUCUAAUGACAACUGCUUAUAUUGUUGACAAUUCAGGUAAAUAUAUUACAGUUAUUAAUAAUACUGGUGGUGAUAAUGGAAAAUUUUCAACACCAUUCCAGCACGGAUCUGGACAUGUCGACCCAAACAAAGCUCUAAAUCCAGGUUUGGUGUACGAUAUUACGCCUAGUGAUUACGAAGCUUUUCUUUGCACGAUUGGGUACAACAAAAAACAGAUGAAGCUUUUUGUCAAGGAUAGAAAUGUUGAUUGUGAUUCCGUCGGGUUAUCUACCGUAGGUGAUCUAAACUAUCCUUUGUUUUCUGUUGUUUUUGAAUCUGCUGGAAGAUCUCAAACGGGAAGUAUAAGAGAGUGGUUACGAAUGUUGGAAUUUCAGCAGAUGCAGUUUACAAACUGA